CCCCCCCCCCCCCACACUUACCUUCCAUACAAUUUGUCACUUUGUACAGAAAAACGAGAAAUUCCAAACUUUUGAACGGGUGUUAUGUAGACUUUUUAUAUGCAUUUUUAUUGAAAGUGCUCAACGGAACCAAUGAUGCCCAAACCCGAGAGGACAAAGUGAUCCACCCGUGGGAAGUGGCUCACUUCCUCUUUCCUCAUCUGACGAACAAUGCGUGAUUGAAUCGUGUUCCUCUGCGCGUCGAAUCUAUGAUGUGGUCUCGUUCGUUUUUUGUCUCUCGGGCUGACCGUCAGUGGCGAGUGGUGUGCGCGUGGGUUCUGCGUCGUGCGUAAUUACGCACGGUACGGUUGCACUUGAUGGAUGGAAAAGCUUUGUUGGGCGUGGGGGGGGGGGGAGCGAGAGAGGGAGGGGGCGUGGCUUGAGUGCAAAUGUCAGCCUUCGCCCUCCUUUGCGCUCGCCGUUCCUCCUCGACUUGAAAAGUGGCGUCACGCAGGAAAGUUGCACCGCAUUCGGAGAACCCCCCCCCCCGCCCCCCACUCGGCGUGGACAAAUCGGCCGCGGACGACGCAUAGCGCUGCAAAGAUGGCCAGUUUAGCAGCUCGCACUUGUGGACUAUUCUUGGACCUCAAGCCCAAGAAUUGCGGCCUGCCUGUCGACUUGUAGUAGCUCCUCGUCUCGGAAGAAUGCACGAGCAGGGAAUAAAGACGUUUUACAUCAUCAAUGAAGUGGUCAUCGCGCUGUCCUCCAUCGCUGGCAACGUUCUGGUUUGUUGGGCCGUGGCCAUCAACACCACCCUGAAGAACGCCACCAACUACUUUCUGGUGUCUCUGGCCGUGGCCGACAUUCUGGUGGGCUGCCUGGCCAUCCCCUUCGCCAUCACCAUCAGCAUCGGCAUCCGACUGGACUUCUACGGCUGCCUGUUCCUGGCCUGCUUCGUCCUGGUUCUGACCCAGAGCUCCAUCUUCAGCCUGCUUGCCAUCGCCAUUGACAGAUACCUGGCGGUCAAAAUCCCUCUCAGGUACAAAGAGUUGAUGACAGGAAAGAGAGCCAGAGAGAUUAUCGCUAUUUUAUGGAUACUGUCCUUCGUGAUCGGGCUGGUCCCUUUCUUCGGUUGGAACAUCAAGCACUCGAGUUGCGGGAAUGUCAGCUCCACAGCGGACAACACUACGACCAGCCAACUGGACUCGAGUCGGAAAACUGCACACUUACUACUCCCGAGCUGCAAGCUCAAGUGUUUCUUUGAGAGUGUGGUGGACAUGGAGUACAUGGUCUACUUUAACUUCUUUGUGUGCGUGCUGGUGCCGCUCCUCAUCAUGCUGGGCAUCUACAUGAAGAUCUUCACGGUGGCCCGAAUGCAGCUGAGACAGAUCGAGCUUAAGUGCGUGUCCAACGGGGACAACCACCAUCACAGCCUGCUCCAGCGGGAGAUCCGCGCCGCCAAGUCGCUGUCCAUCAUCGUGGGGCUCUUCGCCAUCUGCUGGCUGCCCGUCCACAUCCUCAAUUGCCUCACGCUCUUCUACAAGGAGCUGCACAAGCCCGAGGAGGUCAUGUACGUGGCCAUCAUUCUGUCCCACGCCAACUCGGCCGUCAACCCCAUCAUCUACGCCUACCGCAUCCAGGACUUCCGAAACACCUUCCGCAAGAUUUUGGAACGGCACGUGCUGUGCCGCAAAGAGGAGCUUUUUGUCAGCUCCAACGGCAGCAGGCGUGCCGGAGACCAGAUCCACAUGACCGUAGAUCCCUUGCUAUAGAAGACCUUCCACUAUUUCCACUGAACGAUGUUUACACAAGAAUGUAUGUGUGAGUAUGAUGUCAAACUUGCCUCGAGGGGUCAAACUUCACUUUCAUAACAAAGGAUUUGUUGUCCUUACUGUCGCUGAUUAAGUAACACUAACUGGAUUAUAGGACUGUGAACAGGACCCAAACUUUGAAACAUUCUAAAAUGCUAUUUAUCGUUCUAAAUUAGCCCUGAUAGAACUGCCAAGAGUCAGUGCAACUGUUUAUUUAUUAUAGGAACGUGUUUUUGUGAAUGUGAACAUCAAAAGUCUUGGCGAGUCUGGACCUGUACUACCCGUGGACCUCAAUAGGUACAAUAGAAAUACUUUUGAGGUUAUUUUUUAAGUGACUUUGACUUUCCGUUUGUUGGACUAAAUGCCUUAAUAGCUGAGAAUGAUGCUGUCACUUUUGUGUCUUGAGCUGCUUUCUUUGAUGAUGUCCGUCAAUUAAUUCAAAAGGAAAAUUACACAAAUCCUGCAUCUAUGACUUGUGGAAUGAGUGCUACUAUUGCUACCAGGAAACAAUUUCAAAUUCAUCAUCUGGUGUACAAACUUGGGUCUCAAAGUGCCACAUCGGUUCCAAUGAUUUGCCAUUGGGAAGGUCGCUACAGAAUUUCAGAAAUUGUGGUUUGAGACGUUUAUUAGUUAACUGAUUGGCUGCUUUAUUUAUGCAGUAGAAGAAAUAUGUAAUGCAAAUUGAUCCAUUUCAGGGCCCCAUUUUGAGAAAAACUGAAUUUGCAUCAGUUAAACUGGUAUAUUCUGGCUGCAAAUGAAUGUAUAAAGAGGUUGUUUCUACAUUAUACUAAAAGUAUUCAAAUUGUGAGGGAACACAUUCUUUCUUUCGUUUUACAAUCUCGGUUUACACCUUUCUACGUAGACUUUGCAUGCAUUUUCUCCAGGCUCUCUCGUUGUCCCAAAUUCAAAAACAUGCAUGUUCGGUUCACUGAAUAGUGUUUUUUUUUUUUUUUUUUUUUUAAAGCUAUACAUUUUUGGGAUAUAAGGUAAGUCCUAAAUUGAAUCUGAAAUAUUUGUUGUAAAUUUUUUAAUCACAUAAAGAGCAAUUGUUUUCCAUUUUUGUAUCGUUCUCUUGACACAAUGUCUUUGGGUGUCCCGCCACUUGUGUGACUUCCAGCUAAAAGAUACCCAUCCAAAAAAUACAAGUUUACUUAAAAUUUUGUGGCCAGAUCUGUAAUGGGCGCAGUAUAUCAGUUUUACAAUCUUAAAAAGAUUGAUGUUCAUAAAAUAAAUGUGUGCUACGAGAUUCCACGUUAUAGAAAGAUUUGCAUUGCAUUUCAAAAUUCCGUCAAGUCCUGUUAAUUCUUAUGAAGAGUAUCCAUCCAUCCAUCCAUCCAUCCAUUUUCUUUGCCGCUUAUCCUCUCGUGGGUCGCGGGGAGUGCUGGAGCCUGUCCCAGCUGUCAACGGGCAGGAGGCGGUGUACAUCCUGAAUUGCUUGCCAGCCAAUCGCAGGGCACAAAUAGCCGGACUCCCGCCUAGGGGCAAUUUAGAGUGUCCAAUCAAUGUUGCAUGUUUUUGGGGUGUGGGAGGAAAACGGCAUGCCCGGAAAAAACCCACGCAGGCAUGGGGAGAACAUGCAAACUCCACACAGGCGGGUCCGGGAUUGAACCCGGGACCUCAGCACUGUGAGGCCAACGCUUUACCAGCUGAUCCACCGUGCCGCCCCCAUGAAGAGGAAUCAAAUUUAAAAAAAAUUACCGUAAGUAGUGAAAGUGAAGCAUGAAACACCGACGAGUCCAAUGAACUGGACCAAACGGUGUGGCCGCAUUGCUCUUUUCUACUGAGUCCAUUUUUAAAGUGACCCUUUUUUUGCCGGAUGUGGUCAGCAGCCACGCGCACAAUUGUGUUUCAGCCUUGAAACAAUUUUCAAAGACGAGGAAGAGCGUCUGUUAGCUAACGGGAACUCCAGCACUGUUGAAACGAGAAAGCCAAAACAAAGUAGAAGAAAUUGACAUUCCGCUUCCUCAUUUUAUGUUAUUUCUGUCAUUAUUUUAAGGCUCCAAAUAUGAACACGCCCCCCCCCCUCCCCCCACUGUGUGUACCACCUGUGCCAUCAUAAGGGCUAAAAAUACAGGAGUGUGUCAACAUUCCAAUGGAGACAUUGAUACUGUAACUGCACUGUAAAGUUGUGUUGUCUUAGGUGACUAAUGUGUAGAAAAACAACAUAUGUAUACUGUAUAUAUAAAAGAAACAUGAAACACACACACACACACACACAUGUACUGCGGGUGUCACUUUUUACAAGCUAUUUAUGUCUGGUGACUGCAAUUCUUUUUUUCUUU